AUGAGCGAAAGUACUCGUUGGCAGUCAAACAAUAACCUCACUUUAAAUGGUACCAUUAACAACUUCAGUCAGAAUGCAGUCAAGGGCGUAACCAAAGUCAAAUAUCUUCCGCUCAAAUAAAUACAGAAGGUCUCCUGUUGCUAAAUACACCUCAAAGCUAGUUCCAAGCACUCACAGCUUCAGACUCAGCAAGAAACCCAAAAACUCCAAGGCUUCCAAGUAUUUCAAGAAUACCCAAGAUCAGCCAUUGAGCAAAGUCGAUACAAACAUUGAGCCACAUUCGCUGGCCACAGUCAUGGAGCUGAUCAAUUCUCAGAACAAAUAAGAUUGAUCUCUUGAUCACCGACAACACCCAAAUGAGGGAGAAAGUUAAGAAGGUUCAGAGAGACUUUGAGCGGAACGAAAGAAACUACAAUGGAACUAUCAAAAAAAUGCGAUUGGAUUUCGGGAUCCUCAGUAACAAACUUGAAAAUAUCUACAAAUAUCUGAAAGUUGAUUUGAACAAGAACAAAACUCCACUUAAGAACACAAGCAAUGGGCACAAGAAAUCAAGCCCCAAAUACAGCUCGAAGCUGAGCUUUCGAAGCCAAGAAAAACAUAAAGAUUAUAAGAUUCAUCCUUCAACAAGAAUCAUCAAGAAAAGGAAAUUCAGCACCAAGAAGUCAAAGUUUCUUUCAGACUCAAAGUCGUCUAAUCCAGACCAGAAUAUAAACUGCGAUAAGAUAUUUAAUCUGCAGCUGAGUCUCGAUUCUGACAAAAGUUCGAGCAAGAAAUGAGCAGGACACAGAACCAACAAACACCAAGAACGGUACUCGAGAAGAUACAUGUCUCCAAUGUGCAGCGACAACGAAAUUGAGUCACAGGUGCCGCAGAUGAAGAGUCUGGUGAUUGAUGGAUGUUCUCCGAUUUCGUACUACAACAAUGCAAUUUGAGAAUUGUGUGUUGACAAGCCAUAUCAGGAUACUCAGCAUGAACUCAUGGGCAUCAAAUCCAAUCUUACAAGCAAACUCUCGGCAAGCAAUGAAGAAGAGUCCAGCACAAGGAACAAUGAAAAUGCAAUUGCAGGCAAGUAUGCAUCUCUAAAUGCAAUGCGAAGUCAUAGAGAGAUCAUGGAGAGCACUCCCGAGGUGUUGAGUUCUGUGAACUGAGGAAGCACCCUCAACAAAAUGAAUGAUGACAUGAAUGGUCGCAUGAAGAACAAUUCGAAGAGUAGGAAGAAGUGGUUUGAUUCCUAAAAUAUAUUUAGUCAA